AUUCUGGAGACCGAACUACACAGAUCACAAUCCACGCGAGAAAAAAAAGGACAAGAAGAGAAAUCACACCGCCGACUUCCUGGCGAUAACGGCGACUGGUUUUCCCCUUUCAAUCUGCUCCGGUGUUACGUUAUGAGAUAGCAUUUUCAGCAUAAUCAUGUCCACAAAAGGUCCGAGGCCCAAGGCUGAUCAUGAAACAAGGGUUAAACGGCAAAAGGCCCUUGAAGCUUGCAAAGAACCUCGACGACCUAAAACACACUGGGAUCAUGUUUUGGAAGAGAUGGUUUGGUUGUCAAAGGACUUCGAGUCAGAGAGAAAAUGGAAAUUGGUUCAGGCAAAGAAGGUUGCUCUUAGAGCGAGCAGGGGAAUGUUGGAUCAAGCGACGCGUGGAGAGAAGAAAGCAAAGGAGGAAGAGCAACGGCUAAGGAAAGUUGCACUUAAUAUUUCUAAGGAUGUUAAGAAGUUUUGGACGAAAAUCGAGAAGCUGGUUCUUUACAAACACCAGCUAGCAGUUGAUGAGAAAAAGAAAAAAACCCUAGACAAACAACUUGAGUUUCUUUUGGGCCAAACUGAAAGGUAUUCGACAAUGCUAGCAGAAAACCUUGUGUAUCCUCCAUGUAUAAUUGGUAAUCCACACUCUGAUGCUCAUGAACCGCAAUCUAGUAGUCAACCUAAAAUAGAAGACCACACUAUCCAUGGAAGGGAUUCCAUGGAUAAAGUAAAUCUUGGAUCUCAGGAAGAUGAUGUAAAGGUUGAUGAGGAUUUUCAUGCACUAUCUGAGGAUGAAAUCGAAGAUGAUUGGCACACCCUUGAAGAGGAUGAAGCUCUAAUAACAGAGGAGGAAAGGAAAGAAGAGCUGGAGGCUUUGCAGAAUGAAGUAGAAAUGCCUCUUGAAGAGUUAUUAAAGCGUUAUAAUGUGGAAGAAGGUAGACGAGAGAGCGAUAUAGCUGUUGAUAACCUUGAAGCUGGACCAACUAUAUUGGCUAAUGAUAAUGGAAAGAGUAGAAGAGAGAGCGAUAUAGCUGUUGAUAACGUUGAAGCUGGACCAACUAUAUUGGCUAGUGUUAAUGGAAAGAAAAAAAAUGAGUCCGAUACCCUCCAAGAUAUUGAUGGCGUUGAAAGUUCUGACGUCUUUGGUUGUUGUGGAAAUAGUAAUGGUAUCUUACCUACAUCAAAAAUAAAGUUCAGUAAAUUAGGGAGCACCUCCAAGGAUUCACAAAAGUCAAAAAAGAUUCGUGGUCUAUAUGACUUUCACGAUGAACAGGAGGAUGAUGAUUUCGUUCUCGGUGCUAUAGAAGACAAGGAUGAUGAGACAACUCUUUCGGAGGAAGAACAUCAGGAAAAGAAUGAAGCAGUUAAUCCUGUUGAUGAAAUUUCUUUACUUCAGCUGGAAAGUGAAAUUCCUUUGGAAGACUUGCUUGCAAGGUAUAGAGAGGAGUCUGCAAUGGAUGAAGAUUCUGAGCACUCCUCAUUAUAUGAUUCAUCUUCUGAAGACUUACUGGAUCCCCCGUUGGAGACUGGCAUAGAACAAGUAGAUCAAUGUUCCGUCCAUGAUUCACCAGAUGAACAUGGCAAACUUGAAAUUGUUCUUGCUUCUACUGACCAGGAAGAAGUGGAAACAGAUUUAGUAGGAGAAAAAAUGGAAAACGAGAAUAUGAUUGCUGAUGCAGCAGCUGCUGCAAGAUCUGCUCAACCAACUGGCAAUACAUUCUCAACAACUAAAGUGCGUACAAAACUGCCUUUUUUUCUGAAGUACCCUCUUCGUGAAUAUCAACAUAUUGGAUUGGACUGGCUUGUUACGAUGUAUAUGAAACGACUGAAUGGAAUUUUAGCUGAUGAAAUGGGCUUGGGUAAGACAAUUAUGACAAUUGCUUUGCUUGCGCACCUUGCUUGUGAAAAGGGUAUAUGGGGCCCACAUCUCAUUGUUGUUCCUACAAGUGUCAUGCUGAACUGGGAAACAGAAUUUCUCAAGUGGUGUCCUGCUUUUAAAAUAUUAACGUACUUUGGAAGUGCCAAAGAACGGAAAUUCAAAAGGCAAGGUUGGAUGAAGCUGAACUCUUUCCACGUGUGCAUAACAACAUACAGGCUAGUUAUACAGGACUCGAAGAUUUUCAAGCGGAAAAAAUGGAAAUAUUUGAUUUUGGAUGAAGCUCAUCUGAUUAAGAACUGGAAGUCACAAAGAUGGCAAACCCUUCUUAAUUUCAACUCCAAGCGGCGAAUUCUCUUGACUGGUACGCCAUUGCAAAACGAUCUUAUGGAGCUCUGGUCUCUGAUGCAUUUUUUGAUGCCACACGUUUUCCAGUCUCAUCAAGAGUUUAAGGACUGGUUCUGUAAUCCAAUAUCUGGAAUGGUAGAGGGACAAGAAAAAAUAAACAAGGAAGUUAUUGACCGUUUGCAUAAUGUCCUCCGUCCAUUUAUUCUCCGUCGUAUGAAAAGAGAUGUGGAGAAACAACUUCCUAUGAAAAUUGAGCAUGUUAUAAAUUGUAGAUUGUCAAGGCGGCAGCGCAAUCUAUAUGAAGACUUUAUUGCUAGUUCUGAGACGCAGGCUACUUUAGCAAGUGCUAAUUUUUUUGGGAUGAUUAGUGUUAUAAUGCAGCUCCGCAAAGUUUGUAAUCAUCCCGAUCUUUUCGAAGGUCGACCAAUUGUUAGUUCUUUCGAUAUGGAUGGCAUUAACAUGCAACUAAGUUCUUUGGUGUGUUCAGUUCUUACUCCUAAACCACUCUCUGAGGUUGAUCUUCAGGGCUUUGGAUUUUUAUUUACUCAUCUAGAUUUUAGCAUGACUUCUUGGGAGAGUGGUGAAGUUCAAUCCAUUGCUACCCCUUCUAGCUUAAUCGAGGGUCGUGCAGGUCACGAUAUUCUCGAAGAGCUCAAGCCUUUGUACAAGAAUUCAAAAUCUUUCAGAACUAACAUUUUUGAGGAGAUUCAAAAGGCAAUUUUAGAAGAGAGACUUAGAGAAGCAAAGGAACGUGCAGCAUCUGUUGCAUGGUGGAAUUCCUUAAGGUGUAAGAGGAAGCCAAUAUACUCAACAUCCUUACGAGAUCUUGUCAUGAUUGGGCAUCCUAUUUCUGGCGUUCAACAUGAGAGAAGCUACAUGAACUCCUCAAUGUUUGCAAAUGCUGUUCUAUCACCAGUUGAACGUAUGCAGUCAAUGAUUGAUCAAGUUGAAUCAUUUAUGUUUGCAAUUCCAGCUGCACGUGCCUCAACACCUCAUUGCUGGUGCAGCAAGAGUGGUAGUAGUUCAGCAUUUCUUUCCCCGACUUUCAAAGAGAGGUGUACAAGAUUUUUUUCGCCCCUUUUAACUCCAUUUCGCCCUGCAAUUGUUAGGAGACAGUUAUAUUUUCCAGACCGUCGGCUUAUACAGUUUGAUUGCGGUAAGCUGCAAGAACUAGCUGUUCUACUCAGAAGAUUGAAAUCAGAAGGUCAUCGAGCGCUAAUAUUUACUCAGAUGACAAAGAUGCUCGACAUUUUGGAGGCUUUUAUAAAUUUGUAUGGUUAUACAUAUAUGCGCUUAGAUGGUUCAACCCAGCCCGAAGAGAGGCAGACGUUGAUGCAGCGGUUUAAUACAAAUCCUAAGUAUUUCCUUUUUAUACUUUCAACCCGCAGUGGUGGUGUUGGUAUUAACUUGGUUGGGGCAGAUACAGUUAUCUUUUAUGAUAGUGAUUGGAAUCCUGCAAUGGAUCAACAAGCUCAAGAUCGUUGCCACCGAAUAGGUCAGACACGUGAAGUACAUAUUUAUCGAUUAAUUAGUCAAAGCACUAUAGAAGAGAAUAUUUUAAAGAAGGCCAAUCAAAAACGCGCUUUAGAUGAUUUGGUUAUUCAGAGUGGAAGCUACAAUACUGAAUUUUUCAAGAAACUGGAUCCCAUGGAAUUGUUUAGUGGUCAUCGAACAGUUAAGAGCAUGCAAAAGGAGAAGAAGGACAAUGAUGGAUCUGAAAUUCCUGUGUCUCACGAUGAUUUAGAAGCUGCUUUAAUGAAUGCAGAAGACGAAGCAGAUUACAUGGCACUAAAGAAAGUUGAACAAGAAGAGGCUGUGGAUAACCAGGAGUUUACUGAGGAGGCUAUAGGAAAGUUGGAGGAUGAUGAGUUGAUAAAUGAGGAUGAAACAAAGGCAGAAGAGGCUAUUGAUCUAGAUGGUUUGCUUACAGCUUCAUACAAAGAUAAUGAGGAAAAUAGAGAAAACAAUCUUAGAGAAGAGAGAGCUCUCACUUUGGUUGUAAAGGAUGAUGAUGCUGAUAUGCUGGCUGAUGUUAAAGAAAUGGCUGCAGCUGCAGCAACAGCAGAGCAGGCAAUUUUAUCGUUAGAGAGUCAGUUGCGGCCUAUUGAUCGUUACGCUGUACGUUUUCUUGAGUUAUGGGACCCUAUCAUAAACAAAGAGGCAAUAGAAUCUGAAAUUAGAUUUGAAGAGAGAGAAUGGGAGCUUGAUCGCCUUGAUAGGUUAAAAGAAGAGAUGGAAGCUGAGAUUGACGACGAGGAACAACCACUUGUUUAUGAAAAAUGGGAUGCAGAAUUUGCCACCAAGGCAUACAGACAACAGGUUGAGAUAUUGACACAAAAUCAGUUGUUGGAAGAUCUUGAAAAUGAAGCUAAAGAGAAGGAACGCAUGGAAAAUGAAGAUUCUGAUUCUAAAAAGAAUGUUCCCAUGACAAUUUCAAAACCCAAGUCAAGAAAGAGGCCUAGAAAACCAAAAUUUAAAUCUCUGAAGAAAAGUACUCUAGUUCAUGAGAUCCAAGCUGUGAAGGAUGAGCUUCCACAAGACACAUCUAUGGAUACCAUAUCUACGGAUGAUGAUGUUGCUGAUGUAACCUCUUAUGAUGGCGUGGCUUCACCAGAAAUUAUAUCGCCAAAUUCAAAUAUGGAGAAGAAACGUAAAAUAGGUACUUGUGGUGAUGCACAACCGAGUUCAAGUAAGUCCAAGAAACUCAAGAAAACUCCUGAAAUUUGUUCCCUUGCAUCAGAUACUGAACCGGUUUUAAAACAACUUGAUAAACCAAAAAAUGCCAAAUCCUGUGAGAGUGCUAUUGAUGUUGAUCAAAAGCCAACAGCAAGCAAGAGCAGAAUGGGAGGAAAGGUCUCCAUAACGUUCAUGCCUGUAAAGCGUGUCUGGAUAAUUAGGCAAGAAAAAUUGAAACGGAAAAACAUUUGGUCCAGAGAUUGCUUCCCAUCCCCGGAUCUCUGGAUGCCCCAAGAGGAUUCUGUACUGUGUUCCAUUGUUGAUGAAUACGGUCCUCAGUGGUGUUUAGCAAGUGAAAUUUUGUAUGGAAUGACAGCUGGAGGAUUUUAUAGGGGAAGAUUUCGCCAUCCUGUUCACUGUUGUGAGAGAUUUAGAGAACUCGUUCAACGCCAUAUCUUGUCUGUGGCUGACAAUGUGAACAAUGAGAAAUCUGGUAAUACAGGCCCUGCGAAAUCAAUUCUUAGAGUUACAGAGGACAAUGCGCGGAUACUGUCAGAUAUCACCACUGAGUUGCCGGAUAAUGAACCACUCCUUCAGAAGCAUUUCCUUGCAGUUCUUUCAUCUGUAUGGAAGAGCAAAUAUCAUCGACAUUCAUCAUCUCAUAGAAAUGGCUUUUAUACUGGUGGAAGGCAUGGUUUCCAAAUUGAUCUGAAUCACGGAAGAGAGCAUAUUGAAUCGAUGAAGUUCACUGAUCUAAAACAUAGCAGUAGGUUAGUUGCUGCUGCUUUAGAUGGGGCUAAUAGUAGGCAUGGAGAUGGCGAUAUUUUGAAUAGGACUGAGGAAUCUACUACUUGUGUUGAUCAGUUGGAGCUCACGUUGGAAAUGCAGGAAGAACAAGAUGAAUCGACAAGUCUCUUACCUUCCAUGGUACAUGUUCUUAUACGUGGCCCAGAGUCAUCUCCAUCGAGUAUUCUUUUGGAAGCAACCAAGAACAUCAAAUCAUCACAUAAUUCUGCUGAGAACCAAUUUAGGCAUGUACCGUUCAUAACAUUGGAAGGGGGCGUAUGUUCUAAUUCUAUCUUCUCAGCAUCCCAAACAGGCGAUUUGAAGCAUCGAACGCCCUUAAAAUCCCCAUUAGGCAAGCCUUCCAAAUCCAAAUUGAGAAAAGCGUUGGACCUUAUUGAUUCACCGUCAGUAGUGCCCCCAGACAUUCAUCAUGAGAGAUUUGAUCGGAUGCCCCCUCUCGACCCAUUUGUAGAAAUGCAUGACAUUGACGCUCUAUAUAUUAAUAACUACUUUUAUGACCAGGAUGAUGUCAGUGUGAGUUUAUUAGAUGGAACUGAUUGGAUUCAACAGUCCUAUGACCCGGGCUUCAUCACUGGACUAGAGGAUUAUUCAUCGUUACCUGAAUUCGCGGAUAUUGGGUGAUAAGUUCAGAUUGGGAGUCCAAACGCACUUUCACUGUCCUGACGGUGUCGAGUGGAUUUCAAAGCAUCAAGAAAUGAGGGAGGGUUCAGGACUGAACUUUGCCUGUGCUCUCGGAAUUUCAGGGGGGGUUGGGGGAUACAAAAAUCAGCUGUUUUAACUUGCCUUGUUUCGGCACAAAGAAGGAAAUGGAGAGAACAAAAUACAUGAAAUCCCUAUUAAAGCUUUGUCAUUAAAUUGCUUUAAAGGAAAAUGGGUAUAACUUUUUAGGAUUUAGAAACUGAUUCAAUCUUUAUUUUUAUACCCCCAUCUCCUUCGUAUAUAAGAUGGGAACAUAAAAAAAGUGCCGAAACUAAACUCUUCUCGAUGCUAGAAUGUUUUUGCACAUUCAAAGGUUGAGUUAUGAUGGGAUGGAAUCAUAGUAGUAAUGAAAUUGUUUCCAUAGUUUUUAUUUA